GAGCUUCAAAAAGAAAGCGAUUUUGAGGUUAAAGGAACGUUUUUAAAAAAGUUAUAAAAACAUUUUGCUUAUUUUGCAAAAUGUAAACCAAAAAUUCUUAAAUAUGUCUAGCGAAGAGAGCCCCGCAGCACGUCAGAAAUCCGAGUUUACAGCUUUACGGGCGAUUUAUGGCAAGGAUAUAAAAGAUCUAAGGAAAAAACCAGCAUGGAACAAUUGGAGUCCCUUAGAUCUUGCCGUUACCUUAACUCCACAAAUUGGGAGUUCAGGAAAUCAGGAAGUUUACGUUCAAGUUGAUUUACAUGUAAUAUGCCCAGAAGAAUAUCCUAUCAAAGCACCUAAAGUUUUACUCGAAAAUGGAAAAGGAAUGUCUCAAACAAUUUUACUAAAGCUGACAGAAGAAUUGCAAUUACAGGCUAAGGAACUCGAGGGGACUGAAAUGAUAUACGAAUUGUGCCAACAUAUUCGAGAAAAAUUACAUCAGCAUAACAAGCCUGCUAUGAAAAGCCUUUAUCAUGAAAUGUUAUUAACACAGGAAGAAAAGAAACGGGAACAAGAAUUGCAAAAGCAAUUAGAGGAGGAUCGAAAUAAAGAAACUAUGAUGAAAGAGGUGAAAGAGAGACAAGAAAUGUUAAAAUCUGAAGCUAGGUUAAGAAGAGAAAGACAGAGAAGUACUUCAGAGAAUGAAGCAGAUGGGGAACUGCAAAGGAAAUUUUCUCUUACUAACAGAAAGCGACACAAUAGUUCAACCGAAAGCAGCGAUGAAUUUGUUUGUAAUCACAGAGGGGUCGUCUGUUUGGAUUUUAAUGGCAGAGAAAUACAGAGGGGACAAUGUAUAAGGCAUAUUGAACCUAAUAAUGUGAUAUUUGUGGGUAUAGACACCGAAACAGGAGAGCUAACGGAAAUAUCUCAAUGGAGACUGGAAAUAAAAAAUAAUGAUACUACACAGUUGUUAAAAAUUUUGAGUAAUGUUGAACAGGAACUCAAUUAUUAUGUUACAAAAUUAAAGCACACUAAUUUAUCUCAUUAUCUGGGAUUCAAGCAUGAAAUAGUGGAAAACCAAGUUUAUGUUUAUAUCCUGAAAGAAUUUAUAUCUGGUUCAAAUUGCUGUUCAUUGUUUACCAGUCCAAAUAUUAAAGUUGAGAUUAACUUUUUAAAACAUCUUGCCAAAGGAGUAUUAACAGCUAUAGAUUAUCUGCAUCGAAAUAACGUCGUUCAUAAGAAUAUUGGGGAUUUUUGUGUUUUUGUUAGUGAGAAAGGUGUCAUUAAAGUGUCAGAUUAUAGUAUUCAUAGAAGGAUGUUAGACUUGCUUUCGCCAGUUCAUGUCUAUUAUUCCAAGAAAGGAGAUAUAUUUGAUUUCGGCAAAUUUAUUCUUGCCUUACUUGGACAAAAUAUAGCCAAUGACAAUGUCGAAAUUCCAAAUCUGAUACAAAGUGAUUUAUAUGACUUCUUAACGAGGUGCUUGAAUAAAGAUGAGAAAAGUCGUUAUACUGCCAAUCAGUUACUAAAUCAUCCAUUCUUUCACAAAACCAUUGUUCAUUUUUCACCACAACAAGCACUUCAAGACUUGCCGCUCGAAAGAAACGUUUCUCCAGAGAUCACACAUAAUCUUUCUGCAUCAUCCACUGGAAACAGCCAGUCGCGUAUUGACAACGAAUUCGAAAUUUUGGAGCACUUAGGGAAGGGUGCUUUCGGCGACGUUUUGAAGGCUAGAAAUAAGUUAGAUGGAGGUUAUUAUGCUAUUAAACGAAUCCGACUGAACCCCAAAAAUAAGGUAUUAAGCAAGAAAAUUGUAAGAGAAGUUACGCUAUUGUCUCGAUUGAACCAUGAGAAUGUCGUACGCUACUACAACUCCUGGAUAGAAACGACAACGGUUAAAGGCGAUGCCGAAGAAAACUCUAGCUUUAGCGCGACAACCACGGAAACUGACCAGAGAAUGCCGAAGGUUGUAAGAAAAGAUGACUUUACUUUAAAUGACGACAUAGAGAGAUUAGCGCCUCCUAUGAAGAAUGUGGAAAUCUCUAUAACUUACGAUAGUAAAUCUCAAGCUCCUUAUGAUGAAUCUUCUUCUUCUGACGAUGAUGAUGAGGACGAUGACGAUGAUUCUAGUAAUGAUGCUUAUUCAAAAUCCCCUGUUAUAAAAUUUAGUACUACAAACUCCGAUUCGGACAGUAUCGAAUUUGACAGAGGAUCUGAUGCCGAGUCGUCUAAAACUAGCGAGUCUAAAACAGCCAGUCUGUCUAAGUCAACUGCAGGUCCUGUUAAUGAUAGCUCUCAAGACAUACUUUUACAACUCGAUUAUCUGUAUAUUCAAAUGGAAUUUUGUGAAAAGAGUACUUUGAGAACUGCAAUCGAUCGUGAUCUGUAUUUGGACCAAGACAGAGUAUGGAGGUUAUUCAGGGAGAUUGUUGAAGGUUUAGCGCACAUUCAUCAACAAGGUAUGAUUCAUAGAGAUCUGAAGCCAGUAAACAUUUUUUUGGAUUAUUCUGAUCACGUAAAAAUUGGAGAUUUUGGUCUUGCUACUACAAUUCGAAUUGCGAUGCGCUCCAGACAAGGCGAAUAUUUUGGUGUUACAAAAAGCCAAGCCGAGAGUUUGAAAGAAGACAUGCCCGAUGAAAGUAAAACUGGCCACAUUGGAACUGCUCUUUAUAUCGCACCUGAAAUUAAUUCAUCAGGCAAAGCUAAUUAUAAUCAAAAAGUGGACAUUUACAGUUUAGGUAUAAUAUUAUUUGAAAUGUGCUAUAAACCGCUAGAUACUGGAAUGGAGAGGAUUAAAAUUCUCAAUAAAUUACGUAUGAAGGAUGUUGGCUUUCCAUCGGAUUUUGAUGACAAUGACAGAGCUCGAUUUUUAAUUAAAUGGUUAUUGAAUCACGAUAUUUCGAAUAGACCUACAUCGCAGGAGUUGUUACAGUCUGAAUAUCUCCCGCCCCCAGUAUUAGAAGAAAGGGAAUUACAGGAAUUAGUGAGACACACUUUAAGUAAUCCCCAGUUAAAAGGAUAUCGAUAUCUUAUAUCCUCUUGUUUCAAGCAAACUAUUACGCUUGCGCAAGACAUUACGUACGACAGAGAUCCGACUGCUCCCAGUCUUUCGAAGCCAUUGAAUCUCUAUGAGUUUGUAAGAGAUGUUUGUAUUAAGAUAUUUAAACAACACGGAGGUCAAAAUUUGGCUACACCUUUGUUAAUGCCUAAAAGUAAAUAUUAUGAGGAAAUUGAAUCUUGUGUCAAAUUAAUGACCCAUUUUGGUAAUAUUGUAUUGCUACCACAUGAUCUCAGAGUACCAUUUGCGAGGUACAUCGCUUGGAAUAAUAUAAAUCUUCUCAGACGUUAUGCAGUCGAACGAGUAUAUAAGGAGAAAAAAGUAUUUGGUUUCCUACCUAGGGAAUUUUACGAAUGUGCCUUUGAUAUUGUUAGUCCUACCAAAGGUUAUCUUAUGUCCGAUGCCGAAAUUUUGUACAUAGUCUAUGAAAUUAUUAAAGAAUUGCCUGGAAUUGCAAAUAUGCAUUUUGUGAUCAAACUUAAUCAUACUGGUCUCUUAAAGGCGAUUUUACUAUAUUGCGGCCUUAAAGAAAAACAAGAGGAACUGUUUAAAUUAUUACUAGAUAUUAAGGAAGGCAAAGUACCAAAAUUACAAAUUCAUACUUUUUUACAACAAAGAGGUCUAUCUGAUAACAUGAUCCACGUUUUAGUUAAUUUGUUGUACAGCGAGUAUGAAAUGGACAAAGUCGUGAACCAGUUUCAGAUGAUAAUAAAAAAGAAAUCAAGCGAAGCAAGCAAUUUGGCUAAAGAAGCUCUAGCAGAAUUAAGAACAAUCGUAGACAAUGCUGAGCUGUAUGGUAUUGAUUUUGAUUUUGUGGUUGCGCCGGGAUUAGUAUAUAAUGUUCAACAAUAUUCGGGAAUGAUCUGUCAGUUUGUCUGCGAACUGAAAAAGAAAAGGAAACACGAUAACAAAGAAGUUGUAGCCAUAGGCGGAAGAUACGAUGCAAUGAUUGCCUACUAUAGAAACAUUAUGGAACAAACUAAUAUGAUCACAAAAGACGUUCAACAAUCAGCAGUUGGUAUAUCAAUUUCUUUGGACAAGCUAGUUCAAGCGAUACAGAAAGAAGAUUCUGAGGAGUUACCUAAAGUGACUACAUUAGAUACUGUAGUUUGCUCUGUUGGAAGCAAUCAUUUGUUGAAAGAGAAAAUUAAAAUGCUGAAAUGUUUAUGGAGACAUGGAAUAAAGAGCUCUUUAAUUGAGGAAACUAAUUCUGUCGAGGUUCAAGAACAACUUAUGAAAAUUGGGGUGCCUCACGCUUUUAUUUUUAAAGACAACGAUCAAGUUCGCGUUAAAAGUUGGGACGUUAGUUCUAAGGACAGCUUUGAUAAAUUUCAAGAGAAAACCUACAAUACGUUAGAUUUGCAAGAUAAUUUCUCGAAACUCUUUAGAAGCCGUAGUGAUAGUAUUGUUGAGGGUACGCAGACGAGUAAUAUACUUUCAAGAUCGGAGAGCAAGAAUAGUUAUACGGAUAAAAAUGAUUCUGAGCCAGUCGUGGAUAUUGUGUUAGUUAUUUCUGGAAAAGCAUCGUCCACCGCAAAGAGAAGAUAUGAUAUGCAGACGAGAACUCAGCUAGAUGGUUUAUUUAAAAAAUUGUGUGGAUUCAUAACCGUGGUGGGAAUUACUGCCGAAUCAAAUAUAGUGAGGACUUUAAAUUCGUAUUUAGACUUCAAAUCGGAAGACGUAUUCUUUAGGGCGGCAGAAGAGUGUAUUUCAAAACACCAAAAAGAAAGACAGUACAUAAAUGAAAUCUGUGAUGAAAUAUGGAACGUUAAAAUGCGAAAAACAAAUCCAACCAUCGUUUUAUUUAGUUUAAAAGAUAACUUUUAUAAAGUCCUAGUUUAAGUGCCAAUUUUUCCAGUUAUUUGUUACACAUUGAUAGUAAGUACGUAAAAAAUAAAACAUCUCUAAAAUUUAUACAUAACAAUCUUUUUUAUUUUUACUAUUUAGAUUUUAUAUUCCAAUAGCCUUUGGAAUAAAUUGUUUGUUUUUUGGAAUGAGAAUAAACCAAGUUUAUUUUGACUAUAAGGAACAUUCUUUUGCACUGUCAUCAGAUUUAGUAUUAAAGUUCCAGUUUAAGUUUUAUUAUAUUCAUGAUUAUUUUGACUUUUUUUUUAAUUUUUUAGACGCCUUAGUUUUAAAUAUAUUUUUUCAUUUGAUUUUGGACGUAAAUACUAUAAAAGAUCUUAUAUUUAGAAUUUUUCAUUGAAAUACGGUAUUGAUAUUCAUAAUUUGAUAAUAUAAUUUUUAUUUUUUUAGUUUCAUUGAUUUAACAUAACAAUUUUAUUUAAUAUACAUAUAUUUUUUUAUUUUGAAUUUGGUUUCUAUUCUAUGAAUAUCGUCGAAUUUUUUUUAAAAAAUACCAAAUUUACUUUUUAGUUAUCAUUUUGUUCUACUAUGCUUGAAAUUCUUCAAUGAGAAAAUGCAUUUAUAAAGUAUACUGAGUAUUCAUUUGGC